AUGUCAAUUAGUUCUUCUGAUGAGUUACAUAAUAAACUACAGUGCGAUUUAAACUCUGCAUAUGCUUGGACACAAGACUCGCUGCUUAGUUUUAAUAUUGAAAAGUGUCUAGUUAUGCACUAUGGCUAUAAAAAUAAGAGAUAUCCAAUUUAUAUAAAUGGUUGUAAACGCAAUACAUCAGAUUCAGAAAGGGACCUAGGAGUGAUUUUUUCAGAUAACUUGAAGUGGAAAAAUCAAGUAUUAUCGAGUGCAAGCAAAGCUAAUCGCAUGUUGGGCAUAAUAAAAAAAUCUUUUGUUCGAUUUGAUGCUGAACUGCUUAAAUCCCUAUAUCUUUCAUUUGUUCGACCGCUACUUGAGUUUGCUAUACCAAUAUGGGCUCCUUAUCAAAAACAAGAUAUAUACAUUUUAGAAAAAGUACAGCGUCGUGCCACUAAUACCUCAAAUCAGUAA